GAAUUUGUUCAUGAUUUGUAAUGCUUUCUAAAUCACACUGGCUGGAAGUAGCACGUUUUUAUUAUUCCAUCGAUUGGAGGUAGUGGGUAGUUGAAAGUUGGGAUUUUGAGAAUUGGGUGUUUGAAAAUUGGGGUUUUGAGGGAUUGAUUCCCCUGAUUAUGGUUUCGUGCUGACGAGGUUGAUGAUUUUGGUGAGGAAAUUGAUUGGGAGGGUGAUGGGUCUGUGGUUGACAGGUUGAGGCUGGUUUUCCCUUGUUGAGCUUGAAAGUGUGUGGGAUCAGGUGGUUGUGGUUGGUCUUGCUGGGAAUGGAAUCUUUCAUGAUCGUUAGAAGUGCAAAGGUGUUUAGAUUUUUAGUUAGGGUUUGGCUGUAGCGGUUGCCAUGGAAAAGGUGUGUCUGAAGCUUGAGUGAGGAAAAAGCUUUGUGUAACAAAAUAUAAUUUUAGGUGGCCUUCAUUGACAAUUAUCUGUAGUUUAGACUUGCAGGAAGCAAUGGCAUGGAGAGGACAACUUUCCAAAAACAUAAAAGAACUUCGGUUUUUGAUGUGCCAGUCAUCAUCUGCAAGCGCAUCUGCAAGGGCUUUUGUGGAAAAGAAUUAUAAGGAACUAAAGACAUUGAACCCAAAAUUGCCGAUAUUAAUCCGCGAGUGCAGUGGAGUUGAGCCCCAGUUAUGGGCUAGAUAUGAUCUGGGUGUUGAGAAAGCCAUCAAAUUGGAAGGCUUGUCAGAGGCACAAAUCUCUAAGGCUCUUGAAGAUCUGGCAAAAGCAGGACAGUCGUCCAAAGCAUGACAGUGCACAGUGCUGCUUAUUUUCCAUGUCUGAAGUGGAAUAAAUGUUCUCAUGCUUCACUUGUUAUUGCUAAGUGUUUUUGGUUUUAAAAUAAGCCAGAUUUAUGUUUUUUUUCUUCUGUCUCAUGGCCUCUGAUAUCAGCCUGUCUCUUUCUGCAUCUUACAUAAAUUUCAUGUAAGACACUGUUGAAUUUAAGUUGAAAUCCUAGUUUUGUAUGUUAAACUAUUAAACUAUUAAUAUUGAUUCAAUGCAUACUGGUGUAUGUCAA